AUGGACAGAAGUUGGAUGUUUGUUAGAGAUAGGUUUCACAACCCUGACUUCACCAAUGGUUUACAAACAUUUCUGGAUGCUGCGAAACAACACCUAGAUCAUGAAAAUAAGACGCGUUGCCCCUGUGUUAAAUGUCAAAAUGCCUUGCCGUGUCUUUCUCUACCCGAGAUACGCAGACAUAUACUUGUAAAUGGGUUUGCACAACAUUACACGACAUGGACUGAGCAUGGGGAAGAUUUUGUUGAUGUCGCAGACGACCAAAUGUAUGAGGAUUUUGAAAGUGACAGCGAUGAUGAUGAUGAUGAUAAUGCUGCGAUGUUGGACAUGUUAAAUGAUGUCCAAGGGGCUAUAAGUAUGGAGACAGAUGAUGAGAACGAUAUUUAUGUUAACAAAUAUGAUUAUUUGUUUAAUGAAGCUCAACGAGAACUGUACCCGGGUUGUACAAAGUUCUCUGCAUUAUCUUUUAUUAUAAAAUUAAUGCAGAUCAAGAUAGAUGGUCGUUGGAGCAAUAAAAGUUUUAAAAAUCUACUGAAAUUGUUAAAUGACUCGUAUCCAAAAGGUGCAUCCAUACCAACAUCGAACUAUGAAGCCAAAAAUAUGUUGCUAGAAUUGGGCUUGGGGUAUGAAUCCAUACAUGCAUGCAAGUAUGACUGUGCACUGUUUUAUGGGAAAGAGAAUAAGAAACUGGAUGAAUGUCCAGUGUGCAAGGAGCCGAGAUACAAGUCUUGUGAUGGCAAACGCAAGAAAGUUCCACAAAAAGUCUUGUGUUAUUUUCCAUUGAAGCCGAGACUUCGGAGGUUGUAUAUGUCGAGACAUACCGCGACUGAAAUGAAAUGGCAUAAAAAAAGAAGACAAAAUGAAGAGGGUUUCCUACGACAUCCAGCUGAUUCUACCGAGUGGAAACACUUUGAUCAAGAGUAUCCUGAUUUUGCUGCAGAUUAUCGAAAUGUGAGGUUGGGGCUUGCUACAGAUGGUUUUAAUCCAUUUGGAAACAUGAGCACUAGUUAUAGUAUGUGGCCAGUUAUGCUAGUGCCGUACAAUCUGCCUCCUUGGAAAUGCAUGAAAGGAGUGUAUUCAAUGAUGUCAUUACUCAUACCUGGUCCUCGAGCACCUGGGAAAGACAUUGAUGUGUAUCUUCGUCCAUUAAUAGACGAAUUAAAAGAAUUGUGGGAUAUUGGAGUUGAAACUUUUGAUGCCUCUGUUGGGAGAAAUUUUAAUUUGCGGGCAUGUGUAUUGUGGACUAUAAAUGAUUUUCCUGCUUACGGAAAUUUAUCUGGGUGGAGCACAAAAGGGUACAAAGCAUGUCCUGUUUGUAACGAAGAUGUAACUUCUGAGGGGUUGAGAGGAAAAUUAUGUUUUAUGGGAGCUCGACGAAAUUUGCCUGAGGAUCAUGAGUGGAGAAGGAGUAAAUAUUUUAACGGUUUAGUUGAAGAUCGUCCUCCUCCUAGAUUAUUUUCUGGGGAUGACAUAUUGCGGCAAUUAGAUCGUGUUUAUAAAGCUAGGCCUAGAAAACAUCCUGACAAUCCUGAUUUAAAGCGACACCGUGAGCCUCAUGAGCUAAACUGGACUAGAAAGAGUAUUCUUUUUGAGUUAGAGUAUUGGUCCAAGCUCAGGUUGAGACAUAAUAUUGAUGUGAUGCAUGUUGAAAAAAAUAUAUGUGAUAGUGUCAUUGGUACUUUGUUGAAUAUAGAUGGGAAAACAAAAGGCACCAACAAGGCUCGUUUGGACUUGGCAGAUAGGAAGAUAAGAAAAGAAUUGCAUCUCACACGUCAAGGGAAUAAAUUGAAGAAGCCUCAUGCUAGAUAUGUUUUGAAAUUGGAAUACCGUAGGCUGUUUUGUAAGUUCCUCAAAGUUGUCAAAUUUCCUGAUGGGUAUGCUGCCAAUAUUUGUAAAAAUGUGAACAUUGUCGAUGGGAAGAUACAUAAUUUAAAAAGUCAUGAUUGCCAUGUUUUACUUCAACGCCUCCUCCCAGUUGGUAUUCGUUCAUAUUUGGACAAGGAUGUGUGCACUGCAAUUGUUGAGCUGGCCAUUUUUUUCCAACAGAUAUGUGCAAAAACUUUAAAGGUGUCAGACUUGGAAAGAAUGGAGAAGGAGAUUGUUAUAAUAUUGUGCAAAUUAGAGAGAAUUUUUCCACCGGCUUUUUUUGAUGUAAUGGUUCACUUGGCAGUCCAUUUACCUCGUGAAGCUUUGCUUGGUGGUCCAGUUACCUAUCGGUGGAUGUAUCCUAUUGAGAGAAAUUUAGGAACAUAUAAAAAGUAUGUUACAAAUAAAGCUCGACCUGAAGGUUCUAUUGCAGAAGCAUAUAUUGUCAAUGAAGCAGUGACAUUUUGUUCUAUGUAUUUUCGUGAGAUUGAAACCCGUAUCAAUCGGGCAGAACGAAAUGUCGAUGUAGAAGAUGACCAAGUAGUAGAUGGUUUAUCGAUUUUCUCUCAGAAAGUUCGUCCAUUCUGUGGAAAAAAUAUAUACUAUUGGACCGGAAGGAAGGAACAUGAGGAUGAGUUAAGGCAAACAAGUAACCAUAAGUUGUAUGAAAGACAAGAAAAUGAGUUCCCUGAUUGGUUUGAAAAAAAAAUGAUUAAAAAGAGAGAAAAUGGAUUGAUGGAUGCAACUGAUGAGAAGCUUUAUUGUCUAGCAUGUAAACCAGAUUUACGUGUUCAUACGUACACUGGUUGUAUCGUGGAUGGAGUUAGAUAUCAUACAAAAGAUCUUGAUGAUCAUCGGACAACUCAAAAUAGUGGGGUGUAUGUCCCUGGAGUUUUUAUUGGCGGAAGUCAUGAUUAUUAUGGUGUUUUGCUAAGUAUUGUGAAGUUAACGUACUUAGAUAUGAAUCAAGUUUUCUUAUUCAAGUGUAAAUGGUUCAACACCGACGAAUCAAGUAGAGACGAAAGGAGAAGAAUGAUACGGUAUGAUUAUAAUCUUACUAGCAUUAAUACAAGCUCUACGUGGUAUGAUGAUGAACCAUUCAUACUUGCUAUGGAAGCCCAACAAGUGUUUUAUCUCGAUGACUGUAAGUUGGGUUCACCCUGGAAAGUUGUACAAAAGGUGCAAUUGAGAAACGUGUGGGAUGUUCCGGAGGUCGAGGAUACAAGUGGAGUGAUAGUUGAGGAUGAUGUAGAUCCUGUGACAAAUGAUGCUUAUCAACAAGACGAGUUUAAUGAUGUUCACUGGUUCGUUCAAGAAGAGGGCCUUGAAACUCCAGAAUUGCAUCUUAAUGAUAUUGACCCAGAAAUUGUUGCUUCAGAGGUUGUGAACGAUGAUUGGAUGAAUGAUGGUAGUGAAGAUAAUUUGAUAAAUGAUGAUACUGAAGAAGAAGAUGGUCCGGAAGAUGGUGAUGAAGAACCAAUCAUUUCAAGUGAUGAUGAGGAUAAUGAUUAG